AUGAAUUCUUCCAAAACUUCAAGAACUACUAAACCGAUGCAUCUAAUACAUUUAGAAUAAAAAGUCUCUUCAAAAAAUCAAUUUAACAUUCCUACAUUAAGAGAAUAAGUUCCGACGCUCUUAAAACCUUAUACUUUAUCUCCUACAAAAUAAUCAUAACCCUUAUAAAAAUAACAACAAUAGAAUGGAUAUCGAAAAUUGUCUAUUGAAAAGAAAAUCAUUUAACUGAGAAAAGAAAUAAUGAACUCAAAAUAAGGAAAAUCGAAAUAGUUAUUUCAAACAUAAAAAUUGCAAAUCAAAGAAGGAUUCUAUGUUAUUGAUAUAAACAGCGACAUAAAAUCUAUUAGAUCUAAUGAUAAUCGAUUAGAGAAGAAAUUCAAAAUAUUCCAAAUUCCUAUUGCAGUGCAAGAAAAGUCUUCUAAGUAAUCUAAUUCAUAAGAAAAAUAAAUAUUGUAAAUUCCUCAUCUAAAAUUUCGAGACAAGUAAUCGUUGGCAAUAGAUGACUUAAGCAAUGCCACCCCUAAAUGUUAGGCAUCUACAAAACAACCUAGUGAGCCUAAUUCGCCAUAUUUUAUUCGAAAAUUAUAAUCAUAAUAAAUAACUCAUAGGAGUAUUAGUCAAGGUAAUUUUGAGAAACCAAAAUAAAAUUAGUGGAUGGCUUGGCCAAAAAACUUAGAAGGUUGGAAUACUCAUUUGAAUAACCAUGAUGAUGAUCUACUAUUAUAACUUCAUUAUUAUUGA